UUAGAAGAUCGGACACAUGCCCAACACAUUAACAAUAACAGACGGGUUAAGAAGUAGCCCACCUAUGUAAAAACAAUUCUAAUUAAUGUUAAUGUUUACAAGUUUGACAAAACCACAGCUGGACUAACGAGAGAGGCAAACCAAUGGUGGACAAGUGUUUAAGUUAUUGUAAAACAGAACAAGCGUACAGAAGUCGCAGCAGCAUGUGUGUGUGUUUGCGUGACGUGUGUUGAACACGGAGAUCGGGGCCUCAGGGAAACUGGGACUAACAGCCACUUGCAGGGAGCGGAGCGCUAGUGUGGGCUACCACGGGUUUCUGUCGGUGUGGGGAGUACGGAUCGGUGGAAUAUUUAAUGUGAGACUCCUGUGCCGUUUUCAACAUGGAAUAUAAAGCUUGGACUACGUGCUUUGUGAUUUUGGUUCAAAUCUUGACAGUUGACAGUUUCCCGGGAAGGUCAGGCUGUAGACGAUGCAAGCCUGGAUACUAUGCACAUGCAUCAUGCACCGACACCAAAGAGACAGUAUGUCGUCGCUGCCCAGAAGGCCACUUCCUUCCUGAAUGGAACGUUCUGGAUCAUUGCUAUCCUUGUUCAAAAUGUGGUCAUGGACUAUUCGAGCUGAAGCACUGUACGAGAACAUCAGAUGUGUUUUGCGAAUCAUGUUCCUCAUCGGAGGCAAGAGGAAGUCCUCAGUAUAAAAUGUUUUGCUGGGGACUUGACGCAGAUGCAGCUGAGAUGUUAAGCGAUGAACCCGAAAAGGAUGGGGGUAAGAGUGAACGUGUGCUCGUCGAUGAAGGCGAGAAACUUUUGGAAAUAGAUGAAAGUGAUGACGAAGGUGAUAUAGCAGAUGAUGAAUCAUCGGGUCAGAUUGACCAAGAAGGGGAUAUUGUGUUUAAAGAAGCUCUACACGAGCCUCUCAAGGCAACUGAGAUUGACAAGAAGGGCGAUGACGUGGAGGUACAUGACAUAUCUAGCGUGGAUCUGUCAGAGGGAAGUGGGUAUGUUCUGUCGGAAGAAGAAGGAGAAGAGAUGGACGAAAUAACAGAACUUCUCGCUCAGUCAGCCACUGUAGAACCUAACGAAGCUCGCGAAGAUGAACUCAUACCAUUGGGAAAAGCGAAAGUCUCUCCGGCUCCUACAGAGGUUGAACUUGACGUGGACGAGGAGGGGAGCGGUCUGGUGGUGGAGGAUAUGACAAACGCCUCAAUGGCCGAACAUGUAAAUGUCACAGAAGUUCCUGAGUUGACGGAGGACACGUCUAGGCUGCUGGUGGAGAUUGGUUACUCUGGCGAUGGUGAAGAUGUGGCUGUUUUGGACAACGCCACACGUCCAGCCGAUGAGAUCAUCAUUCUGACAAAGGAAUUGUCUAACAACACCGUGUCUCUUGAUAAUCCACUGCUUGAAAUGGAAAUCGACCCGGAUGAACCAGCUGAAGAAAAUAAAGUGGAAGCUAGUGUGGACGAGGAACGUGUGGCCCAGGGGAGCAUGGACGGGAGGACGAGGACGGCAGUCAUUGUUGGUGUAGCUGUUGGAGCAGUCAUCUUCUUUGCUCUAGGGUUUUUCGCCAGCAGACACUGCAAGAAACGUCACGCUUUCAAAAGCAUGAAGAAGCUGGACGCAGGUAAAGAUGCCAAGCCACAGAACGGAACCCCAGAAGCAAUAGAGUUCCGAGGUGGACGGUCCCCAGGGAAAUAUGAUCCUGGAUCCUACGAGAGAAGAAGUCCUCUGUCCUCUAGCCCCCGGACCGAGUCUGUUGUCCUGCUCAGUAACAAGCCGCUGUCUGCUGCACCAUUAAGUCAGGAUAAGCACGUGAACGGAAUCGACAAGAUCAAGUACAUGGAUGAGACUACGGAUGAAGAAACUGAUUCUGCAACACCACAUGACCGCCUGAUCAGGGAGGAGGACGCCCCCCAGAACGCUGAUGGACAAAAGGGGGCCAACAACUUGUCUAAUGACGUCAUGAACAAAUUUGAGGACAAGUUAGCCCCAAUUGAGGAGGAGAGACAGCCCAUGUUAUCCAAGCAACCUGAAGAUGCCGAAGAAGACAGCUAGCCUCAUUACUAAUGUUAUCUGUUGUAUCAUGGGUUAAAACAGAGUAUUUGCUCUUGGGACCAGGGGUAAUAUAACGAGAUACUGUGAGAUUGUUAUGAGUAUUAUAGUGGAACAAGUUACAAAUUCACGAUCUAUAGUACAUUUAAAUAACAUUGCGGGCUAACCAUGCUCCAGGCUCCAGGCUCCAUUCUCUAGGCCCCACACUUACUUCCGCCCCGAACUCCUGGGUUAUCAUUGUAAGCAUACAAUGGUUCGUAGAAUAAGUCUUUCCUUUAGUUUGUUUUCCGUAGUUAUGUAGAAUGAAACCUUUGUAAACCGGACGGUAGCUUACCCAGUGAAUUUUCCGGACUGACGAAUCUGCGUACACAUUUCCCGAUUAACGAAUUUGUGAAUACACUUCUCGAUUAACGAAUCUGUGUACGCAUAGUUUCUUUUCCCAGAAGCAGUAAUCGCUAGGAAGAUGACGUGUGCGGGUUAAAGGGGUUCCAGAUUAACAGGGCUUUGUUUUGUAUGUGUUGAGAUACUUGGAGUGUUUCUUUCAAGAAAUGUCCUGGUCUUACUGUUACAAUUAGAAUAUUUGCAUUUGCUUUGUGAAACAUUUGCCCUUUUUUCUUUAACUAUUCUUUUACAAACGCCACCCAUUCAUCAUGCAUCAUUAAGCGUUCUGUGUCAAUAUGGCUGAAAAAUUGCUGACGUAACCAUAAGUUUUAAUUAACUGUCACUGAGCGUUUAUAUAGAGUUAAUUACAUCGUACACGUGUUGCCUUCUCUCACACAAUAUCAUUGCAUCGUACAUGUGUUGCCUUCUCUCACACAAUAUCAGUAUAUCAAGAAUGUUGAUGUCUUUUUAUCUUCUUCUUCCCAACAAUUAUCACCAAAAUUCAGGAGAAAUGAUGAGUACAUACACGUAAUUAUUGCCAAACAUAACUGCAACUUGAGAUGAACAUGUCUUCGACUGCUAUUCUUGAUCAGAGACCAUAAUUAUAAUAAUAAUUAAAUAAUGUAUUGUAUAGUCUCUGUUAUGAUGCAGCAAAUACGUGGGGAUCAGACAAAACCUUAUAUUCGCUCACAAAAACGCUGAAAUCAUAAAAACAUAAAGUCACUGUGACCAUAUCGAGUAACCAAUAGUUCGAGACAAACGGAGUUUCCGUCGAGGGAAAAUAGUGGAAAUGUGGAUUUUACAUGGAUUAUAAAAUUAUUGCUAAUUAAUGGCUUCUAAUUUACAGUAUUGAUGAUAGUGAAUUUGGGAAGUGACGUUAAUAUGAUGCUGACCAAACCAGAACUAUCAUCUUUUCAAUUAUUUAACCCCGAAAAGCUUUCAACAUCCCCGCCUCUCAUCCGAUCAACCCACGAAACCAAUCCACUGGUCCAACCCGCCAUUAUAGGAUCAUCAUAGAUUUACAUGACACAAGGAGGGACUUAAAUAUACAUCCUACCAGGACUAUAGUUAGUGCUGGUAUUGAAGGACAUAUUUAACGAAUGUCACUAAAGGAUACAAAGUUACUAGUAAAUAACUGCAUAUGGAAUAGAAAUUAUUGUAAACUGCAUUUAGAUUGUUUUAAUCCAAAUCAUCUACUCAGUUUCUUUGAGUGGCAUUUUUAGAAGUUGGAGAUUCGGAUAAGGACAAAGUUUAUUGAUGAGCAACUUUAUUGAUGAUGCAGUUUGACGUUAUCCAUCUAUUCAGUGCCUUUAGUGUUUGUUCGGUUAUAUAUGGUGGUGUACGGGCGCUAGUAUACCACUCCUUGCUAGUUAUUCAUAAAUACGGCCACUGACACCUUCCUGUAAGCAACAGUUUGUUUCGGUUGGUUGGACAUUGUACAUACUUUACUCCCUCACGUCGUGUAGAUUUACACCUGUGUUGAUACCUUAAUAACAAAAUGAUACAUUGAAGUUUUGUCAUUUGUAGUUUGUAAACGAAAUUGUUUUGUAACAACCAGACAGAUCUAGGCACGAAACAUUGCAAUUAUUAAUGCAUUAUUGCAUUACGGUAUUUAAUUGGGGGAAGAAGAAAAACUAUUGAUACGAAGCUAAAACAUCCCACUCUGUACCUGUUGAUAUAUGUAUCUUGACAUUAUCACCAAUCAUGCAUCCCCUUAUUGAAGCUUUAACUGGCUCAAGAAACUUCUUGCCGAUGACAUAAUCAUAAAGAGUAUAUUUUUCGUGUGUGCAUAUCAGGUUCCUUGUGUUGAUGUCAGUUUCAUUGUGUAUGUUAAUGUAUAUUACUUCCAUGUUGUUAGAUGUUGAUAUUUAUCAUUGUCAGUUGCGAGCUCAUUUCAGGUUACUGUUUUAUGUAUCUUUUGCCAGCUUAUCCGGAGCUGUAAUUUAUUUGAACAGCAUGCUUUAAGAUUUUUUAAGAACGGUAUUUCACAAGAAAACAUCAUUAUUAUUAUUACUUGCAUUAUUGUAUGGCGGAGUUUGAUGUCGAUGUUCAGUUAUUACGUGUUGAUCUAGUCUGUGGUUGUGAAAUAUAUGUUUUACCCUGGAUACAUGUGUGAAUGAGGGUCGGAGAUGAAGUCCUUCCUGGUUAUACUUAGGUUCAAAAUUAACGUCACUUUGAUCGCGAAUAGGGCGUGAAAUAGUUGCGCCAUAGGACAUUUGGUUUGUUCAUUUCAUACGACUUUUGCGAAAAAACUUUGUUUGAUCACGGUUAAGGCGUUUAAGGCCUCGACAAAGCUUUCGAUAAAUUUCAUGGAAGACGUGGAGGAAGUAUCCAAAUUUCAACCUUUUCAACACCUGGUGGCAUCUAUAUUUGAUAGCGAAUCAUAAAUACAUGCUCUACAUUAGAGUGUUCUUUGGGUUACGUUAAUGUGUCUUGUACCUUUGGAUUAUUCAUUAAUAGAAUUAAGUACAUUUAUUUAUACCUCUGGGAAAACUCAAAUGGUGUAACAAGAAAUCGGAUAGCUCUCUGAAUGGCUUCGUUUCUUGGUAUGCAUGUCGAUGUAUAUUUUGUUUAUGUGUUUAUUGAACGGUGUCUGUGUAUAGCCGAGAUAGAGAAAUAAAUCUAUGUUUUGUUA